AAAAUCUCACCCACCCCCAAAAACCAAAAGCACACCAUCCAUCGUCAAACCCUAUCUCUCCGCCUCUCUCUCUCUAUUCGCCUGGAAUUCUCUUCAUUCCGAAACCCUAAAAUAACCCCCAAAUUCACAUGAAAUCGUAACCCCAAAUUCUCGUUGGGGUUUCAUCCUCGGGAGACACAUACGUCCUCUGAUGAAUCCCUUCCUCAAACCCUAGCCUCGAUUAUUGCCUUUUUCGGAUUUCGAAUUCGUAUCUAGAAAGAGCGAGAGAGAGAGAGAGAGAGAGAGAGAGAGAGAGAGAGAGAGCGAUUGAUCGGCCAUGGAGGGCUCUGUGGCGGACGAUCUCGGAGCCCCGGAGUCAUGGGAGGUCGCCGGUGUGGACGAGGCUAUGAGCCGCCUGAUGCUCUCCUCCAACAAGGACCCCAAGCCCCAGCAAGACCUCAACGACGCGUCGUCUUUGGUUUCCUCCGUUUCUGAUGGAGCUGGUGGCGAUAAGCUCUCUGAGGAUGCCCUCAAUCAGGUCGACCAGUUCCUUCGCGAGGCUUUGCAAAACCCUCGGGAGCGCCUAUCAAUUUUACGAAUGGAGCAAGAUGUUGAGAAGUUUAUCCGUGAUCCUAUUCAGCAGCAACUGGAGUUUCAGCAGUUGCCCACUUCUUAUUUACGCUUGGCUGCACACCGUGUUGCUCAGCAUUAUGCACUUCAGUCAAUGGUUUUGUUAGAUAAUAACUUGCCUGAUGGCUCUGGUUCCAGAAUUAUUGUUCGCAAAACUCCCGAGUGUCGACUUCCUUUGAUUCGGCUUGCAGACAUCCCUGUUAGUUUGCCGUCAGAAGAAAGUGGUGUCACUAAAGUUGCAAUAAAACAGAGGCCCCAGAAACGGUCACAGAUGGCCAACAGUGCAGACUCAAAUUCAUCAAAGGGGAACAGUUCUAAAAGUGUGGAAGAGAGGAAAGAGGAGUAUAACAGGGCCCGUGCGCGAAUAUUUAAUGCUGCUAAUAAUAUUAGUGGCAGUACAAGUGGGAAACCAGAAAGUGAACCAAGACUGCAGGAUACUUCACAACAUGUUCCCUUGGUGAUGUCAAAAGUGGAAGAUAAAUCAGAUGUUUCUGAUUUACAUUCUAGUAGAGGUUUAAUUGAUUAUUCAACAAGUAGCAGUAGAGCAUCUUCUAGAAGUAGGACAGAGAAGGAGCCAGUGGGGAGGUACAAACCAAAUAAUAGGGUAGCCAUAUUUAGGGACCGUGAGAUUGACAGGAAGGAUCCGGAUUAUGACAGAAGUUAUGACAGGUACAUGCAAAGAUUUGAUCCUGGGUUCGGAUUCAGUGGUGGACCAUACACCAUCCAGCCCAUGUAUACUCCUGCAUUGAAUUAUAAUACUGAAUUCCCUCAACUUGGUUCUACCCACGGGCCUCAGAUUUCUACUGAACAUCAACCUCGCCCACUUCCACAACACUUACCCGGGCCAUGGGUUGCACCAUCCCCUGCUGGUAUUGGGUAUGGUCAUCCAGAGACCAUAAUGACACCGUUUAAUCCUAAUCAUGUUGGUGUACGGUCCACGUCUGGCAUAUACCUGCAUUCUUCCCAGUAUCCUUGUCAGCAGCCUGGAAUGCCCUUUAUCCAUCCUCAUGAACAUGUUCACCAACCUUUUUCACAGUCUCAUCAACAGCAGCCUGAUGCAAGUUUUGGGUUAGCCCGGCCCCGGUGAGGGGCAUGGGCCAUGCCUGCACCCUGCCUGCAUGAAGUUGAGCUUGAUGUAGAAUUGGCUGCCUGUGGCAGCCAAGACAUGUUUUUGUUGGCAGGAGUGCAGGCAUGAGAACCAAGGUGGGUUGAGAUGGAUCAAUUCAAAGGACACCAACAACAAUCACAACAUCCAUUCCCCCCAAUCCUUGGUUUCAACGGAAGCUUCUUCCAUUUAUGAUAGAAUGGUGAGGAAGCUCCCUCGGUUUGGCAAUCUAUAGCCCUAUGACAACAACGAUGACGACAAUGGUUCCGAAGAGUUUUAACAGAGCUUCAAAAGUUUGUGCUCUGCUUGGAUGAAGGCUGCCAACCACCUUAGAGAGUAAGCAACAUUGAUUUGCUUAUUUGGUGCAUACAGCAGAACGAAGAGCCACAGUGCUUAGGAAGACACUUGCAAGCUGUAUGUAUGCUUUUGAGAACUUUGGUCUGCAUCCAGGUUGUUCUGACAAAGAUCUGAUACUUUGAAUGCUUUACUAGAUACAUGUCUACAGAAUAAUAAAAGAGGCAAACUAAAUUAUGUAUCAUACAACAGUUUGGUCUGUAGUUCUUUAUUUUGAUAACCAUUUAUGGUUUUUAUUUUUAUGA